AUGGACGCGAGAAUCAAAGAGCGCGCUCAUCACAUAUGCAAAAAAUUAUCAAACAAAAAUAUAGAAAUGAAUGUAAAUGAUGUGGUUAGAGACUUGGAAAUGAUGAAAUACAAGAAAAUGGAACGGUUGGCUGAGGAGAAGAUCUAUAAAAAUUAUUUGGAUUACAAAACUAGGGAAUCAAAGAUAUUUGAGCGUAUUAAAAAUGAAGAAGACGUGAUUUAUGACAUGAAACUCUACUUAAACACAGAUAUAGACUGCCUGUCCUUUCAGGAGCACGAAGUUGAAUCGUACUUCAUCCACAAGAAGAUUCUGUACAUCAAGUUUAGCAAUGAUUUUUUUGAUGAUGGCUUCGACAUAAAGAAAGUUAAGAGAAUAGCCAAGUAUUGCAAUGCCUACAGAACAGAUGAGCUGUAUUUUAACGUUGAUUACAGAGAAAGAAGCAUCUUUCUAUUGGUUCAAAUUCUUAAGAAGGUGAACUUGCCUCUUAAAAUAUUGUACUACGAAAACUGCGACAGCACGGUGUUCUUGCAUAUGGAAGAUCGGAAAUGGCCCUGCGACAAGGAGGCGAUUGAAUGUGUUAAAUCUGCUUUGCUGUGCCAUAUAUACUCGCACUGCAAGCUCGCCUACGCGAUCACGCGAGAGUCGGUUUUUCUUAGACUAAACGAUAGAGUUUACAAGGUAAUGAUAAAAUACGAACGAAGAGCAGAUCACGAUGUGGAGAAAGAACACAAGCAGGACGAAGUGCAGAACUCUGCAGGAAGUGCAAAAAACUUGGAUGAUCCAACCAAUGAAAUCGUUGAUUCCCUUCGUCUCUACAAAAGUUUUGGGACAGGAAAAAAAAUAGCUAAGGAAUACAUCAAACUCUACUUGAACGCACACGGAUUCCUCCCAUUUUACAUAAAAAACUACGAAAUAGAUGUGUUGAUAGCGGAGAUCAAUGCUGUCAAUCCAGGACAAAUACUCAUUUUGUUCAUAAAAUUGCCGAAACAAAAGUUAGCAAGUUUUAAAAACCUAGAUUCGGUGCUUCUGAAUAGAUUAGUGCUGUUAAAUCGGAAGAUUUUACAUCAUCUAUCGCAGGAUAUUUUUAUAAAUGGUCAACGAAUGCUAAAACCAAGCUUUAAAGACUAUGACUUUGUGCUAAUGAAGGAUAGGAUAGAAGGAACUCGCGAAAAUAUUGUUGUCGUGAGCGAUAACGACGUGUCAAAGUUUUUGUUGGGUCAGAUUGAAGUGAACGAUUACUUUGGGAUAGAAAUGUAUGCUUACCUCCUUUUCUCUGAGUACAAUCAAGUUUUAAUGGUUAAAAUGAAGGAUAUGAAGUAUAUUUCGUUGGUUGUGAAUAUUUUGCUCAUCAAGACAUCGUUUGGCUAUCUUUACAAAAAUUUUUGAAAUAAAUUUAUCAAUUGCGAAC